AUGAACAACUCAGAGGGAUCGCAGGAGGUGGAGGCUAGUGAUGAGCCUGGAAAUGCAGACAUCAAUGAGUCUGUAGAAGCUGACCUUGAACUUCCAGAAGUUGAAGAGGAGCAACAUUCACAUCCUUCUUCCAACUCAAGGCAGGAGCAGGAGAGACAAUUUGGACAGGAUGAAGAAGGAACACUUGCUAGAUCUGCUAGUACAGAGAGUGGAUUUCACAACCACACGGAUACAGCGGAAGGGGAUGUCAUAGGAGGCCAGGAAGAUGGGUAUGAUAUAGACAGAGCUCAGGAAAAUGAGGAUGAGAAUGCUUAUGCUGUUCAGUACAGGCCAGAGUCUGAGGAAUAUACGGAAAAUGCAGAGGCUGAGCAUGGUGAAGUACUUCGUCACAGAACUCUACCCAAUCACCUACAUUUCCAUGGUUUGGACCAAGAGGAGGCUAUAAAUGCAGCUUAUUCUGGUUAUGUCUACACACAUCGGUUAUUUCACAGGGGUGAGGAUGAACAAUAUUCUGAACCUUAUGCAGACUAUGGACUGCAAGAGCAUGUUUAUGAAGAGAUAGGUGACACACCAGAUUUAGAUAUUAGAGAGGGUCUUCGACUCUAUGAGCAAGAAAGAGAAGAAGCUGAUAAUUAUAGGAAAGAGGCUCUGGGUGCUCGACUUCAUCAUUAUGAUGAGCGGUCAGAUGGUGAGUCUGAUAGUCCUGAGAAAGAAGCAGAGUUUGCUCCCUAUCCAAGGAUGGACAGUUUAUGAGCAAGAAGAAGACAUUGAUCAGAUUGUAGCAGAGGUCAAACAGAGCAUGAGUUCCCAAAGUCUUGACAAAGCUGCUGAGGACAUGCCAGAAUCUGAACAAAACUUAGAUCCUGCUGACCCCUCCAAAGUUAGUGAAGGAGGCCAUGUUACUAAUGGCAACCUCUCUACUGCCUCAAAGACUGCUGCUAAUACAGGAGAAAUAGUGCAAAGGUACAGUAAAGAAAAGCGGGAUGCCAUCUCACUGGCUAUCAAAGACAUUAAGGAUGCUAUAGAGGAAGUAAAGACAAGGACAAUACGUUCUCCAUAUACCCCUGACGAGCCAAAAGAACCAAUUUGGGUAAUGAGGCAGGAUAUCAGCCCAACAAAGGACUGUGAUGAUCAGAGACCACUAGGUGGAGAUCUUUUACCAACAAAGUGCUCCAUGGAAAAUUUUUGGACCUACCAAGCAGAAUAUGGUGAUGACAAUUCUCCAUCUCCAGACUCUUCUACGCAGGGAGCAGAAUCUAUAAACCGUCAACAUCGACAGAAUGCCUGUGAUUCCGCAGAAUCCCUUUCAAACAAAGAGUCAAGGAAGAGCCUGGCUUCCUUCCCAACCUACGUAGAAGUGCCAGGACCCUGUGAUCCUGAAGACUUGAUAGAUGGCAUUAUUUUUGCUGCAAAUUACCUCGGCUCCACACAGCUACUCUCUGACAAAACUCCCUCAAAAAACGUGCGCAUGAUGCAAGCACAGGAAGCUGUUAGUCGAAUUAAGGCUGCAGAAGGGGAAGCUCAGCCUAUGACAGAAGUGGACUUAUUUAUUUCUACGCAGAGAAUAAAAGUAUUGAAUGCUGACACACAAGAGACAAUGAUGGAUCACCCUUUGAGGACAAUAUCAUACAUUGCCGAUAUUGGAAAUAUUGUCGUCCUGAUGGCACGCAGACGAAUGCCACGCAGUAACUCUCAGGAUGGAAAGAGACAGUACAAGAUGAUCUGCCAUGUCUUCGAGUCUGAAGAUGCUCAGCUCAUCGCUCAGUCUAUAGGUCAGGCAUUCAGUGUUGCUUACCAGGAAUUUCUUAGAGCUAAUGGCAUUAACCCAGAAGAUCUGAGCCAAAAGGAGUACAGUGAUUUACUUAACACCCAGGACAUGUAUAAUGAUGACCUCAUCCAUUUCUCAAAGUCUGAGAACUGUAAAGAUGUGUUUAUUGAAAAACAAAAAGGGGAAAUCCUUGGAGUUGUCAUUGUAGAGUCUGGCUGGGGCUCUAUUCUUCCAACUGUUAUUAUUGCUAACAUGAUGCAUGGAGGACCUGCUGAAAAGUCAGGAAAACUGAACAUUGGGGAUCAAAUAAUGUCCAUAAACGGAACCAGCUUAGUUGGUUUACCGCUAUCCACUUGUCAAAGCAUCAUCAAGGGCUUAAAGAACCAGUCACGAGUAAAGCUGAACAUUGUGAGAUGUCCUCCAGUUACCACUGUCUUAAUCAGGAGACCUGACCUUCGAUACCAGCUUGGUUUCAGUGUACAGAAUGGCAUUAUUUGCAGCCUUAUGCGAGGUGGGAUCGCAGAGCGAGGUGGUGUACGAGUAGGUCAUCGCAUCAUUGAGAUCAAUGGACAGAGUGUUGUAGCAACUCCUCAUGAGAAGAUAGUGCAUAUUCUCUCCAAUGCAGUUGAGAUACAUAUGAAGACUAUGCCAGCAGCCAUGUACCGACUGCUGACGGCACAAGAGCAACCGGUUUACAUCUGA